UUCGCGCUCGCACAUCAAACGCCUUCUGUCGCCAUUCCCUUGUCUCUGCUCUCUGUUUCAUCGUUACGAGACAAUGUCGGCCACUGAUAUGGCUUUCUCGAGCGCGAGCGCUCGCAUGGCUGCCUUUGUGGUCGCUGCUGCUCUACUUGUGGCCAACUUUGGUGUCUCUGAUGCCAUCCUCGACCUGGGCGAUGAGCUCACCUUGGAAGACUUUCUCGCAGACGCGGGCAUUGAUGGCUGUGUGAUGCUGACCCCAUCGUCCACCGGCUAUCAUUUUGAAAGGGGCCAGGCUUCUGGCCUCUCACGCUCCCGAUGCACUCUUGGUGGCGCGUGUCAGUGCCGCCAGUUCGAGGCGUGCGACACCGGAGAUUGCCUCAAGGUGUACCGCUGCAACGACACGGAAUCCAACGGCUGCGUCGCCGUGUCCAGUUGCGUCCAAACCACAUUCGACACGACGUUUGAGGUGACUGUCGACUGCCGCGAACCACUUGAUGAGCGCGAUGAGGACGGUAUCGACUUCUUUGGCAUGCGCUGGAAGCAGGCCCUCGCUGAGGACUGCAACAUUGGACGCGUGUGCCGGGUACAACGGCGACACAGCAGCCACGAUUGA